CUGCGAAUCAAUGAACUAUGAAGCAUUACUUGAAGAAUUGGGAUUGGAUGGCACUCUAUAAAAAUAAACAAGCAAAUCACCACAGAAUAAUACUAGAGCUAGCGAUAAUACCUACCUUACCAAAACACCUGAAACUUAACCAAGAAAAAUAAAAUUAAUAUUAAAUGUAAAUCUGAGUUCCAAUCAAGUGGAAUAGUUAAUGAUUUAUUAGGAUGAUGAUCCUAAGACAAAAGUAUCAGAAUUUUGUCAUUUGCACUAAUUAGACAAGAAUGCAUAAAACGUGCUAAUAAAAUAGAUCAACAGUAAUACAAACAAUGAAAAUUAUCAAAGUUAACACAAAUUAUAAUAGCAAAAUUAUUAUUCUAAACAAUUACAAUCAUACUCAACGAAAGAGUCAGAAUAACCAGGUGAAAGACUCUAUUAGUUGGCUUAGAAGAAAAAGGAAUAAAGAGAAAAUCAAAUAAAAUAGUAUUAGACAGAAAAAUAAGAACAGGAGCAACAACAAUUCCAAUAGACUCCUAAACUAAGCAAGCAAACGAAAAUCUAUUUGGUAUAUAGUUAUCCACUAAUUUUUUAAGGAGCAAGCUGGGUAUCGCAAGAAUGGUUAUAUGAGAGAAAAAGGGACUCUAAAAGAUAAAUAAAUCUAAUAGGUGUUUUUGGAUGAACAAGGAAAGGAGUAUAAUUUUGUUCCUUAAAUAAAUGAAUUGUAAACAAAUCAAUAUUAUGAAUUAGAUCAAAAUAAAUGAGUAAUUAUAUUAGAGAGAAACAACAUUAUGAAAACGUAUUUGAUGAAUUAUAUGAAUAAGCAAGAAAUAGGAUGUAUUCAUAACCAGAAUACGAUAUUCCAGAAUGUACUUUCAAACCUUCAGUGAAUCAGAAUAUUAAAAUUGAUGAAAAUUUUUUAACUAGAAUGGAAAAAAAGCAAGAGGAAUAGAGAGAAAGAAGAGAAUUAAUUAAAAUGAAGUAUGAAAACGUUGACUUAAAAACUCGGCAAUUAUUAUAUCGACCUAAAAUAUGUAGAAGUCCUUAUGCUUAAACAUCAUCAGAAAACGUAUAUGAAUAGAUUAAAUCAUAAGCCGUUCAUGAGAAGCUUUAUUUAUAGUCCAAGUUAAAGUCAGAAAAAUUGCAGUAAUUGACUAAGUAAACAAUUAUGGAAUAAAAGAAAUCUCUAAAUGUCAGAUUGAAAAACGAAUUCUCAGAGGAUAUAGUAUUUUUAUAAAGGAAGAAGAUUCUCAAGUAAUUAUUUGCUGAAAUGGAUUCAAAUUAAGACGGUUUAAUAUAAUGUUCCUAUGAAGAAAUUAAUAAUCUAUCACCUAAUAUUAUUUAAACUCUGUGGCCUAUAUUCAAAAUAUUAUAAGAAUAAAAGAUAUAAUUAGAUUUUGAUGACUUUUUUGAAAAUGUGUAUGAAUAUUGUGUUAAUCUGCCAUAAAUCUAAAAAGAUAUUAUUUUCAAGAAGUCAAAGAAUAACAAUCCUAUUAUGAAAGAUUAAGACCAUACAUUUAUUCCAAAAACUAAUAAAAAAUCCAAGUCAAUAAAUACAGUUCAUUAUCCUAGUUGUAAAUGUGAAAUUUGUUCGUAAAUUGCUAAUAUAUAAAGAGAAUUAAAUGAUUAAUGA